GUGGGUUUGCCGGGAACUACUUGAGUACGAAUCCCAAGCCAAGCACCACUCUUCUUCAAGCGCUCCGACAAUCGACGACUCUGAACUCCCUCUGGGCAUUAACCCUUACCGAGUGAUUUUCCGAGUUGACUCCGAGUCUCUAGGGUUAGUUGAUGACCCAGUCCCAUCCCUUAUGGAGGUCGAAGCUCACGCACUCUCUUCCUUUGAUCUCAACUCCUCCCCUGAUAAUUUUCCUUUUACUACCACCGCUGCCCGUGAGCCUCCGGAGCUCCGAAAUUCUCAGCCCUUCCGGAGCUCCGAACUUCUUGGUUACUCCGAAUCCGAUCAUGCUCCCGUACGCGAGGAUUUAGGAUCUCCUGUCGCCGCAGGUGGUAAAUGCCAAGACGUUGGUGGCAGUGACCUUAUGGCUCCCGUUUUUUCAACUCUAGACUCCGCUUCUCCGCUGGCCAAUGCAUUGGCCGGAGAGGAGCCUCUCCCGGAGAAGAUGGGAAGAUGUCCUUCGCGUGCGGCGAUGAAGCUGCAGAAGGUUUACAGGAGCUAUCGUACCCGACGCAUGUUAGCUGACUGCGCCGUGGUUGCCGAAGAGCUCUGGUGGCAGGCGUUAGAUUUUGCUCGAUUGAACCACAGCACGGUAUCUUUCUUCAAUUUUUCGAAACCGGAGUCGGCUGCGUCGCGGUGGAAUCGGGUCAGCUUAAAUGCUUCCAAGGUGGGUAAAGGCUUGUCUAAGGACGCCAAGGCACAGAAAUUAGCUUUUCAACACUGGAUUGAGGCUAUUGACCCCCGGCACCGAUAUGGGCAUAGUUUGCAUCUAUAUUACGAAGAGUGGUGUAAAGGUGAUGCUGGUCAACCCUUCUUUUUUUGGUUGGAUCUUGGAGAUGGCAAAGAGGUCGAUCUCACAGCAUGCCCACGCUCCAAGCUUCGUAAACAGCAUAUUAAGUAUCUUGGACCAAAAGAAAGAGAGCAUUAUGAAUAUUUGGUCAUUGAGGGGAAAAUUUUGCAUGAACAAUCUGGGAAACCUCUUGACACAACAGAAGGUUCACCAGGAGCAAAAUGGAUCUUUGUGAUGAGCACCUCUAAGAGACUCUACGCUGGUGAGAAAAAGAAAGGAACCUUCCAUCAUUCCAGCUUUCUUGCGGGAGGCGUUACUUUGGCUGCUGGGAGGCUGGUGGUAAUUGAUGGAACACUUCAGUCUAUAUCGCCAUACAGUGGACACUAUCGACCCACUGAUGAUAGCUUUGAUACUUUCUUAGAAUUUCUGAAGGCACACGGAGUCAAUCUGGAUGAAGUUGAGAUGAGUAAAGCAAAUGAAGAUUAUGAGAAUUUUGGAGAAGCGAAAACGACAAAAGAUGAAUCAACUUCUGAAGUUUCAACAGUUUCCGAUUCCUGCGAAACUAAUGCUCCAGAUGAAGGGGCCGUGGAAACAAUUGAAGCUCCAAAACUUGAAAUUAACGUCAACUAUCGGAGGACUCUCUCUGGUGGGCUUCAGAGCCCAAAAGCAGAGGUGCCCAAGACGUCAAUAUUGCAAAGGAUCAACUCAAAGAAGGCUGCAAGGUCUUACCAACUGGGGAAACAACUCUCUCUGAAAUGGUCGACCGGUGCUGGGCCUAGAAUUGGUUGUAUUGCUGACUACCCUAUAGAGCUGAGGAUACAGGCCUUAGAGUUCACUAAUCUCUCACCAAGACUGUCGUCUACAUCUGCUACACCCAUUUGGGGUACUCUUCCUUCGCCGAUUAGAUUGCCUUCGCAAGAACUCACUAACGGUGAUUUGAAGUUGUCCGGCAUCUGAGUUUAUCUAGAUUGCUUGUACCAGCAGGAUGCCGUUGUCAUAUUACCUGUGCUAUCGUUCCCCUGUAAAAUGACGAAAAAAUGUUCUACAACCGGAACGCCGUCGUACUGCUUAUUCUCAUAUGUUCUAGCAUUGUACUUUUUUUUUGUUUUUCCACAGUUUUUGUGGAAAACGUGUCAGCAAAUAAAAGAAGCCACGUAGGUGCCUCAUAAGCAAA